UCAAGACGGAUAUAAACAAGUUAUCAAGCGACCAUGAGUGAAUUAUAAAUGUCUCCAGCAGCGACGUGAGGAUGGGGAAAGUGGGAUGCAUGGUGGAGGUUUUGGGGGUGCCAGAUGUUUUACCAGCUGACAGGAUCGCUGAUAAACUACAGAUUUAUUUCCUCUCAGCCAAACACGGGGGAGGGGAGGUGCUGAAGGUGCUUUACCCCUGUUAUCAGCCCGGGCGGGCUUUCAUCACGUUUGAGGAGCCGGAGGUUGCUGCUCGAGUCUUGCGGAGGAGCUCUCACGUGUUGGAGCUGAAUCAUCACCGAUAUGAUUUGACAGUGAGACCAGCUGACCACGCCGGGGUGACUGAACAUUUAUUGUUAUCCGUCUUAUGUGAGAUGGAUUUCCCAGCGGAGGCAACGGUACACUUGAGUCUGUUCCGCAAUGAGACACAGGUGAGAGAAAUCCUCAGGUCACAUGGCUUUGUGCUGACAGAUCUGAGCGGCGAUCAGGUGCGUGUCAAGGGCUCAUUUUUGAAACUAAGAGAGGUAAAGACCUCUUUGGAGCUGCUUCUUAACUCGCAAACCAAAGCUGACAUCAAGGCGUCCUCAUCCUACGCCAUAAACAGCUCAGAUGGCAACAGAAGCCGGUUGGGAUCCCGGAACAAGCCUCCGCAUGCUUCUCCAUCUUCACCUGCCUCCUCCUCAUCUUGGGCGUCCAGCUCUUCCAACAACCAUCCAACCUCUCCAGAGUACAGCACUGCUUUUUCUCUGAGACCGGCCCAGCGUGGCGCCGUCAAGGCAGAAACAGAGUCCUUUGUCGUUGAUGCAGAUGUGUUUGAGUAUGCAGAGCGGCUCAGGAAAAAAGACGUUGAGGGCAUUCUGGACAGCCAUAGAGUUACAGUGGAAGUGCGUCCAGUUGGCGAGAGCUGCAGCAUCACUGUACAGGGGAAGAGCACGAGGAUAGCUGUCGGUAAACUACAGAGUCUCCUGAAUGAUCUGAGCAAAUCACUUUGCACACAGGAAGUUACUCUGAAGGACCUCAACGAUGAAGGCAAAGCUCUUUUACAGAGAAUCCAGAAAAAAAGAGACAUUUAUAACUCAGUGCUCAUAUGUCUGAAGAAUGACAGACUUCACCUCAUAGGACCUUCUGGCGAGAGCUACGAGUUAAAGCAGAGGCUGCUGGGGAGGCCGGCCGACCGGUCAGGGCGGACAGGACGGACGUCGGACAAAAACCCUGGGAGGAGGAGGACCAGCUCUGUGCCACCAAUCAGUCAAAAGAACACAGGAAGGGAUAGCGGUGCCGCCGCUAAUCCAGCUCCUGCUGGAGCUGCAGGGUACACCCCUUUAAAGUACCAGGAUGAUAAACAGAAAGGUGCUGAACCCGAGCAGACAUCUGCUGCUCCUUCAGGAUCCCUCAGGAGACGGAGUCACUCUGAGUCCCGCCAAAGAAAACAAGUAGAAAGGGUUAACGGCAACUUGCAAGACAUAGAAAACAAACACCCGCCUCCUAAAUCACCCAAGAAAGGCCUCACACAGUUACUAAAGUUUGAUACAAAUGAUGUCAAGAAAAAGUUGAAAGGUUUGAGAAAAUGAGCAGUGGAUUUAUGUUAAUGAAGGCAGACAGCCAGCAAUGAAAUGUUUCCUUUUUGUCUUGUUUCAUCAUGUAAUGCGUUUAAAUACCUGCUAUUAUUUUCUUAUUGUGUAGUAGAGCCAGAUGGGAAUUAGUUAUUUGCUUUCCUUCUGAGAAUUAACUGCAGGAUUGAAAUCAUAAAUAUGACAGUACAGUAAACAUGCAGCUAAAGUCAGCAGCUGGUUUGUGUUGAAUAAAGACUGGAAACAGGGAUCAGCUAGCCGGCCUCUGGCCAAAGGUUACCACCUCCACCUACUCGCACCUCUAAAACUCGAUAAUUAACAUGGUAUAUCUUGUUUGUUUAAAGGUGCAGUAAGGUUCAAAUGUUGUUAAAUACCUAUGCUUUGGGUUGGUGGAUCGGGUCGGGUGUGGUUUACCAAUAUACAUUUAGCCAAUUAUGUUAGCCAUGCAAAUAUAUAAGUAAUAAAGGUACAUUUCUCCGAC